AUGACCAAAACUAAUUUAAACAAUAUAAACAUAUUAAGAAAUGUGGCAGCUGUUAAAACAAGGUGGAAUGCAUCUUAUAAUUCAUGGGUUAGAUUGUUGAAGUUGCGAAAGUCAAUUGAAUGGUUGGCAAAUACUUUACCUUAUGAACCUGGAAAAGAUUCUAAAUCUGAUGCUCGUAGGCUUAAAUAUUUAUUAUUGAAGAAUUAUGAAUGGGAAUUGCUAGAAAAAAUUUUGUCACUUCUUAAACCUUUUGAAGAGGCAACAACUUUUUUUUCUGGUGCUCGAUAUCCCACUUUAUCAUUAAUGUAUCCAAUCAUACAAAAAUUAAAAGUAAAGUUUGCAUGUGGAGAAGAGCAGGAUGGUAAAGAAUUUGAUAUAAGUGUGUAUUGUUGA